AUGAUCGUGACCCCAGUCCGCGGCACCGGCACCGGCGGCGGCGGCUCGGCCCGCAGCCGGGGAGAGCUGCCUUUCCGGUCAGUGCCUCUUAGUAGCGUCCCCGGUAUGCUGACCCCCUUGAAGGAUCUCCUGCGAGGCCAGGGCUCCCACAGAGACGCCGCGGAGCCGGCGGGCUGCGGGGAGAGCUGCUCGAGGGGGGCAGCGGCCGGCAGCGUCUUCCAUUCCACGCUGCUGGCGGGCAGCGCCUGCGGCGGGCAGAUUCUGGGUGUCAACGAGGUCAGCCCCGGCUCCGGUCCCGGGCGGUGGCUGAAGCGACUGGCGUGCGAACCGCCCGCCAGCGAGUCCCCGGUCAAAAUCUUCCAGCGGAUGAAAGCCGCGACCCGGCAGCAGAACCAGGACUUGGCGCCGCCCGUGGGAAAGGCUCCGCAGAGGGGCUGCGGCAGCGACCUGAUCCUGACGCCGAUCCAAGCGCAGGAGGGCCGGAGGCAAAAGGGACAUGCCUCUGCAGAAGGCUGGCAGCGGCCCGCCGAGGUGCGCGGUGCGGACAUCCAGCCAGGAAAAGAAUUACUUUGCACUCACAUUCCUGAGCACCAGAUCACAAAAGCUGUAGACCCUCUUCUGGAGACCCCUCAGAAAUUCUUCUUGCGUAUAAAGAAGAAACUGCAGCAGCAAAAAGAUUCAACACCUUCAAACCCAACCAAGCAGAACAUUGCUCCUUCCACAACUACAGAAAAGCCAUUAGUCAAAUCUGCUUUUCCUGAGCAGCUUGGGAGUGAUCCUUCAGAGUACCUGGCCAGUGAUAAGGAUGGUCAGGAUAAUUUCAUUAUGGAAGCAAUGGAUGCUGAUGAUGAAAUGUCUCAAGAUACAAUGAUUAAUUAUGUGAAUUUAAACUCUACCCCUUUUAAAAAUGGAGAUGAGUUAGAAAAAAGGUGGGGAAAUGGAGAAGCAAAACGAACUGAACCUCACCAAAGCAGAAGAGGAUUGCAGGCAAGUAAUAAGCAAGCUGCUCAUGGAACAGAAAAGGUGCAGGAGGCUAAUUCUCAGAAGCCAUCUCAGUGCAUAGGCAAUAUUACAUGCUCUUCUCCUGAAGUCCACAUUCUGCAGAAACAAAAGGCGAAAGAAGGCUCUAAAGUCCCUUUGGAUAAACCUCACACAGACCAAGUUGCUGGCAAAACAGACAAAGAGAAAAACAUCUGCCUAACCAGCUGGAGAAUUAAAGUGAUGGAUGGUAACACUGCAAUAUGUGUUGAAGGAAAACGGAAAGAUAUGAAAGAUGUGGUUUGGCAUAGUGGUGCCAUUAUUGAACGCGUAGCACGCAACCAAGUUAAAACAUCAACUGGCAGUAUCUACUUGCUACAGGGAAAAAUUAAUUCAGCUUUGAUGAGAAAAGAAGGAUUUCCCUACCAUUUCAUCAGAAGAUUUACAUACGGUUUUUCCCAAAAAUGGAAGGAAUACAUGGAGGAAUUUCUUGAGGAAAGAAGAAGGAAAGAACGAAAACAAAAUAGUGCUGAGAAUGAAGAUGAAGAAGGUGACUCAGUGGUAGGUGCUGAUGUGUUGAAAAAUGGAAAAGACUCAACAGGAGGUGUAAAGACACCUGAAGCCAGGAACACCACCUAUGAAGUAUUACCGAAGAACAGUGAAAACACUUUUACAACACCAAACCAAAAAUCCAUAGUGAGUGACCAAGUGUACACUCGGAGUGGCCGUCUUGUUAAACCACCACUGAGUUUUUGGUGUGGGCAACGCGAGUUUGUUGACCAGGAGCUAAAUGUUACUAUACAAUAUGGUGGAACUGAUUAUUUGAGCAUGCUGUAUAGUAGUAAAAAAUCCCAAAGACAGACGAGCUCCAUCUCAAAGAAGAAUAAAAGAAAGAAACUAACGAAGGCCACGAAAGAAAUGUCAGAAAGACAAAGUAAAGGGAAAAACAAUGAGAAAGGGGUAAGUUCCAAAAGAGAAGCCAAACCCACUGGGAGCAAUACGGCCAGGCACUUUGUUUCAGAUGAUGAUGCGAGUGAUAGUGCAGUCAACAGUGCAAAAACUAAACAACAGCUUUCUGCUAAGCUGACUCCUUUAAAUGCUGGAGCACUAAACAAACAUAGUAGCAGAACCUCAGCAACAUCAAAGGAAAACAGAGGAGCGGAACAUGGAGAAUUGACUAUGUAUCAGGAGGCUUACAAAUACUCUUUAAGGUCAGCCCAACAUCGGCAAAAUAAGCACUUAACAGAAGAACCGUCAAGCAAAGAUGAGGAAGAGGAAUCCAGUGAAGAUAUCCCACUGUCUGUCAAAAGGAAAACUAAACCUUUAUUGAAACCAGAGAUUCACAGCUCUAAACUUUCCUCUAACUGUAGAAGGUCACAGAAUGAUGCAAACAAGAUGUCCUGUGAGCAAAGGUCAGUAAAACACAUGACUAACACCUAUAAUGUGCUGUUGAGGCAAAGUGUACCCAAAUCCAAGGAUGGUUCUGAUUUACUUGAAGAAGAAACAGCUACUAGGUCUAGAACUUCCCACCUGCCUGAUAAGGCAGUGAGGACAACAGACAGAACCAACCUGCCAAGGUUGAUUGAACCUGACACUGAGUCUGAAAGCAGUGAAGAGGAGUUUCAUAUAAAAGAAAAGGAUUUAAAGCUAUCUGAUAGAAAAACAAACUACAAAGUUUCUAACACUGCCAAGCCUUCAGCAGCAAAAUCAAGAGAAUCUGAAAGGGGAAAGGUGCAGAAACCUCUACAGCUUUUUCCAAGGGCAGGUGAUGCUUGGUCUGAAAAGGAAUUACAGAAGCUCUACAGGGCCAUUGCCUCAUUUCCAAAGCACAAGAAUGGCUUCUGGGUGGAGGUCGCCAUGGCGGUGGGGUCUCGCUCUGCUGAAGAGUGCCAGCAGAAAUAUGCAGAACAACAGGAAACAGGUUCCAAAAGGAAGGCCACAGCUUCAGGAAAAUCAGAACAGAAAGAUAAGAAAGAGCCGGUUACAAUAACUGCCAAAGUGGGAACACUGAAAAGAAAGAAGCAGAUGAGAGAUUUCCUGGAGCAUUUGCCGAAGGACAACCAUGAUGAUGUUUUCACUGCAACACCCUUUCAGAAUAGAAAAGUAAAGUUGCCAACAUUCUGGGGAAGCCAAGAUGAUGACGAUGAUGCUUUUGCACUUACGGACAACCCAAUCACGCCUUCCUCAGCUGUUCUCCCUACGGCGAAAACCCCUCAGUGUGAGCAUAUCAGCCCUGGUAUGCUGGUACCCAUCAACAGGAAUGAUUACGACAAGUACGUUUUCAGAAUGCAGAAGAACACGCAGGGCAGCAGAGGCACCUGGGACAAUGUCAAGAAGAAGGCUGGAGGUGUGCUUGGUACGCCAGCAUCCCGCAGGACCUUCCCAAUCCAUACAAAAGUGACACAGCCCUCUCUGGCAGGGAAGCUGUUUGUGACGGAGGCAACAGACUCAUCCGAUGAAGAACAACAGGAUGAUUCCUCUUUUUCUUUUUGAUGAACUUUGUGGAUUUCAUUAGCUC